AUGUAUACCUCGAAGAUCUUAAAAGUCACGAUUGUCGGAGCCACCGGCAAAACAGGAAAGAGCCUGGCACUCACUCUGAAGCAAUCGUCCAUAAUCGAUGAGCUGGCCGUUUAUGACACCAAUCCGAUCGCGGGUCUGCUAUUAGAGCUGAGUCACAUCGACUCGAGAUGCAAGACCAUUUGCUGCAACAUGGAGUCGGACAAGCGGCGCCUCGAGCAUGCCCUCACCGGUGCUAAGGUCGUGGUCAUCACCCUGGAGUACCAGUACCUGUACGAGGAGGCUCACUUCUUAAAGAUGCUGAUACCGCAAAUCGUCAACUACUGCCCCCAGGCACUGGUCGCACUGGUGUCCCGCUCGACGAACUGUCUCUUGCCGAUGAUGUUCGAGCUAUACAAGAAGCUCGGCAUCUACGAGCAUGGACGCUUGUUCGGUAUAACGAACCUCUACUCCAUCCGGGCGAACAACUGCGCCUCCAAGACUAUCGGCAUCAGUCCGGAAUUCAUCUCGGUGCCGCUCAUUGGCGGCUGCUCCACCAAAACCUGCAUACCCGUCUUCUCGCACACCCGGCCCUGCGCCAACUUCAGCUUCGAGGAGACUCUUGGAAUGACGCAAAUCAUGCAAACCGCGGACUAUCGACUCGCUCAAGCAUACAACGAUACCUCUACGAACAUCGUCGAGUCAUCGUCCGUUUGCACGGGCUUCGCCGCGGCCCGAUUCUGCAUCUCAUUGUGCAAAGCUGUGCGUUCCGAAAGCGGAAUAUUCGAGUACGCCUACGUUCGCUGUUGUCUGAUCCCGGAGCUGAAAUACAUGACGACACUCAUGGAGUUGGGCCCGCACGGGCUACAAAAGUACAUGGGUCUGCCGGAGCUUACCAAUCAGGAGUGCACGUCUCUCUUCAGGGUGAUACCCGAGAUCCGGAAGUCGAUCGCUCUGGGAGAGUCUGGAGUGGGUGAUGCAAUUAGCGGUCGUUACAUUGGUGUUGGACGAAUUGCUAGAAACGAUACUGUUAACAGCGAUAAAAGCAAGUGGCAGGCGCGGUGCGGUGGCGGCGAGUCAGAAAGGUAA